AUACUUUCUCACAUCCAGCACAAGCGGAGGGAGGUGAUUCCGUCUCUUACGUUCAAAGACGCAAACUUUAGCAUUAACCUUCUAUACGUACUCCCAUUGUCGAACUGCAUUUCGACUGGGUAUGGCCACCCCUGACGAUUACUCCGUCGGGUGGGUUUGCACACUGCCCAUCGAGGUAGAGGCUGCCAAAGCUACGUUAGACUGCAUUCAUGACAACUUGCUACCUCCGAAUCUGGACCUCAACAACAACAACUAUAUUCUGGGAAGUCUUCAAGGCCAUCAUGUCGUACUGGCAUAUCCGAAUUGCCGCGCGUGUGAUGAUGGUGAAGAAGAUGAUAAACCCUCCUUAGCGGACGUUGCCAUGCAGUUACAGGCCAUCUUCACAUCUGUUCGGGUCAUUUUGAUGGUUGGUAUUGCGGGUGCGGUCCCAAACACGAACAAGGAUAUUCGUCUUGGUGAUAUUGUUGUAAGCAAUUCGGCAGUCGGUCGGCCGGGUGCCAUUCAGUAUGUCGCAAACGGAGAGCAAAUGGAAGAUCGACUUUUUCGUGGUAGAGCGUUAGGACGGCCGACUUCAUCACUGUUUCUCACAGCAACGAGGAAAGCCGAGACAGCCGCCAUCUUCGGUGACAGUAAGAUAGAUCAGUACUUCGCCGACAUCGUACGCAAAGACCCCGUCAUCUUCUCCCGCCCAGGUCCCGAACAAGACUUUCUCUUCGAGCCGAAUUAUGAUCAAGCAACUAUUGAUUCCGGAGAAAGCGCGUGCAGGGUCCGGUCCCGGCAGCCUCGGGAGACACGGAGACCUACAGUGCAUUAUGGCCUUAUCGCCUCCGGUCAUCAUGCGGUGCGCCACGGAGCAACUAGAGACACAUUGCCGCACAAGCAAGGCGAGCUGUGUUCUGAGACGGGCGCGACCGGCUUAAAAGAUGCUGCCCAAUACUUGAUUAUCCGAGGCAUCUGCAACUAUGCAGAUUCGCAUCGCUCGAAGCUCUGGCACCCCUAUGCCGCAGUGGCUGCGGCAGCGUACGCAAAGGAAGUCCUUUCGUUCAUACCCAAGGCUUCCAAGACAGUACCUCUGACACCCAACACCGAGGCUGGGCCCAUCCUCAGCGCUUUGCUCUUGACCAGACCAGAGGUGGACCGAAAGUCGCUGAUUGUAUUGAAAGGGCGCAGAGCCGACGGCACGUGCAAAUGGCUCCUACAGCAUCCCUGCUAUCAGGAGUGGUUGUCAAACCCAAAUCAACCACUGCUUUGGAUCUCGGGUGGCCCGGGAAAAGGCAAAACCAUGUUGGCGAUCUAUAUUACAGAAGUGCUAGAGCCGGUGGGUGGUGGUGGUGGUGGUGUCACCGGCGAUGUUCUUCUCUACUACUUCUGUAGCAACCGCGAUAAGAAUCGGAAUACGGCCUUGACCAUGCUGAGAGGCCUCAUACACCAGUGGAUUGAUCUUCAACCGCACCUGGCCCAAUACAUCAAGAACUCCUUUGAGGGCACUGAGACGACCAAGUACACCGUUUCCAGCUUUGUCGCCCUGUGGAGUGUAUUCCUCACGAUGCUUCAACAUAGUGGGUCUUCCCAGGUGGUCUGUGUGCUGGACGGCUUGGAUGAAUGUGAGAAGGAAUUGCUCGGCCAGUUUCUCGACGCCGUUGGGAACUACUUGUCCAAAACCCCAAAAGUGGGAAGGCCACGACUGAAACUUAUUUUGCUCUCCCGGCCCCACCCAGCUAUCUCGGAGAGCAGACUUGGCCAGUAUCUGCACAUCAAAUUGGACGACUCCAAUGCGGAGAUAGCAGAUGAUGUCAAGAGGUACAUCUCUGCCAAGGUCACCGAACUGGCAUCCGAGCAAAAUCUCUCCGACGGAAUGGUUGCGCAAGUUCGGCAGGCAUUAUUGGCCGGCGCCGACGGCACCUUCUUGUGGGUGGGCUUUGUGGCCAAUGAGCUUCAGGGGAGGAGUUGGGACAGAAUCAACGAAAUCAUCCAUCAGAUUCCUAAAGGCCUAGCUGGAGUAUAUCAACGGCUGCUCCAGCAAAUUGACGACAAGGAAGCGCUGGUGCCCAUUCUUCAAUGGGUGGUUCUGGCUGCCCGGCCCCUCACAAUUGACGAACUGACAGCGGCCACAGACAUCAAGGCAUCCGGUACCCUUACCGCAACCGAAGUGACCAGGGGUCGGCUCAGGCUCUGCGGACCGCUCGUGAAGAUCGAAGGAGAUGUAGUGAACCUGGUCCACCAGUCGGCGAAAGAAUUCUUCCAGAGCAACCAAGUCAACGGCAAGGGGAUCAGCAUGUUCUACAUGGACCAGAGCACCCACAGGACUCUCAUGCGGACCUGCCUCGCACACGUCGAGCGUACCUGGGCUAGAUGGUUGAUCAGCAAGCAUGUCCGCCUCGUUUCGCGCAAGGACAACUACGGCCGAACCCCGCUUUGCUGGGCCGUCAAUCGAGGUCAUCGGCACAUGGUGGAGCUGCUUCUCGAUCACGGUGCUCGUGUCAAUGUCAAAGAUCGAGGCCGGUUGACGGCACUCCAUAUCGCGGUCAAUGGACAGCACAAGGACAUCGUGUCUAUGCUGCUCGGUCAUGGUGCCCAUCUGGAGAGUAAGUCUGAGCAUGGAGACACCCCGCUGAUUCGAGCCAUUCAAACGAACUCAAGGGAGAUCAUCCAGAUGCUGCUUGAGCACGGCGCGCGCGUGGACGAACUGCCCACCCCUUCAGGAGUCGCCUCUCUGAGAAGUCCUUCUGACCCGAUGGAAGAGAGGGUGGAAGAGCUACUGGGACUUCGAGAACAGAUCUUUCUCGCCCGGUACAAGCAGGCAUCGCGAAAGGUCAACCUCGUCAUGAAGGCCCUCGGCCUUUCCUUCCGCUUCCCCAUCGUUCUGCCCCUGGUUACCCUCUAUCUGAAGUUUGUGGCCUUCGACCGCUGGGAGAAUAUGCCUGUACUGCAGGAGGUCGCCAGGAGGCGUAAGAUGAACGAAAUGCGCCAAUGGGCAGAAACGUACCGUGAAUUCUUCGUCCAGCUGGUCGUUUCCAGGAAUCAUAAAGGGCUGCAGGCCAUGACCGACCUGCCGACCCAAGUGUUUCGGGAGGUCGCCCCCGGGGAUCUGCAAGCCCUUCUCGUGAUCGCAGUCCUUGUCGGCUCGGAGGCCAAGCUCGCAGCUGUUCGACAUGGUUGGAGAGAAGGCGAUGCCAUCACAGCCAGAGCAUUCUCGCAUUGGGCCGCGAUCGCCUGCCAGAGAGGCGCGGAGGAAUCUUUACACUACGGCGUCCGCGACUUCUUGAACGACUUCGAUACCUCGAUCCGCAGCGGCAACCGGGAGGAUAAUGUGGCUCGGACUGUGGUGCUUCUGACAUCGCACUUUGCCAUGAUCGAGAAUGACGAGCCGCGGCCAAUCGAAUACUUCUCCGGGGUCAUCGCCGAGUUCUACGAAGGAUACAUCGGUGGCGGGCACGAAGUUGACUUAUUCAAUGACGCAAAUCAGGCAUGCGCCGGGGAAUUGGCCGGCAUCAGCCAAAGCCGCGAUUCCACUAGAUUAAUUCUCUUCCUGACAAGUGUCUUCCAAUUUGCCCAACGCUCGCAAGGGGCAGGACGGGACCGCUUCCUCAAUUUACCCUCUGCGGCAUGCUUGAUUCUCUGCCAGGAGAAUGCCAUGUCUCACCAGUGGCUGAUUGGCGAGGCGAUACCAGAGACGAUGAGUACCUUGAUUUCCAAACAACCACCAGGAUCGCUUCGAAAGCGGGCGUGCAAAACCUUGGUGGAGUGCCUGAUCAUCGGAAAGCAACAUGGCGUGAUAUUGCAAGCGGCUAAAUUGAGACGAAGUGUGAAUGGAAGCCUGCAAUCUCUGCCCGACGUCCACGAGAUGGUAAGCCGGAUCAUUGAUAUAUGAAGCACUGCGCACCCUCUUGGCCUAAAGGGUGGUGAGGUGCAUCGAAAGCCAGGUUGCAAGGAACAGCUGGGCCCCUGUGGAUGAUUGCAUGUUGCGAAUGGCCUUACCACGUUUGCUUUUCUGAUGGAGUCUGCUUGCUUAUGGCAUCGAGGCGAGGUUCGCAUUUCAAGUACCGGUUCUGAUGAAGUGUUUUGACACUGGGAAGGAUGCACCGUUCAAUAGCAAGGGAUUUGAUCUAGCAUUCGAUGCUUCACGUGGCGGUCACUCAGUCUUCACGCUGAUUAGGUCUUCUCUGAACUUUCCGCAUUGACGUCCGUCUCUAAGCGGUGUCUCGGGCGGAUCCUGUAGCGUACGCUAAUC